ACAACAUAAUAACAGUGAGCAGGUCUGAGUCUGCGCCUUGGACGGCGGGCGCACCGUGACCCCUGGUGAGCGCCCCUUUACGUUACGCGGACGACGAGCCCAGUCAGCACUUCUGGGACCCUUUAAAUCGCGGCUGCCAGGGUUGAGUCCCUCCUCUUGCGAACGAGUGGACUAAGGAGUCUACCCCUUUUACAGACCCGGCCGCAGAUUUGACACAAAACAGAACCCAACCGCAGCUACAAUGACGACCGCAGCGCCCAUAUUCACCAAGGGAGAGGACUGCAAACAGGGGUGGCAUGACGCCAGCGCCGGGUACAACGAGGCGGACACCCACCUGGAGAUCCUGGGCAAGCCCGUCAUGGAGCGUUGGGAGACGCCGUACAUGCACUCCCUGGCGACCGUAGCGUCGUCUAAAGGGGGCCGGGUUCUGGAGAUUGGGUUCGGCAUGGCCAUCGCCGCCACCAAGGUGGAGUCGUUCCCCAUCGAGGAGCACUGGAUCAUCGAGUGCAACGACGGCGUGUUCGCCCGGCUACAGGAGUGGGCCAAGGCCCAGCCACACAAGAUUGUCCCGUUGAAAGGACUCUGGGAGGAGGUCGUGCCCACCCUGCCCGACAACCACUUUGACGGCAUUCUGUACGACACCUACCCCCUCUCUGAGGACAAGUGGCACACCCACCAGUUCGACUUCAUCGGGGCCCACGCCCACAGGCUGUUGAAGCCCGGCGGCGUCCUGACCUACUGCAACCUGACCUCCUGGGGAGACCUGCUGAAGGCCAAGUUCAACAGCAUCGACACCAUGUUCCAGGAGACCCAGAUGUCCCAUCUGCUCAAGGCCGGGUUCAAGAAGGAGAAGAUUUCCACCACCACCAUGGACAUUGUAGCCCCAGCUGAAUGCAAAUACUACUCCUUUAACAAGAUGAUCACUCCCACCAUUCUUAAAGAGUAAAGCCCUUCCAAACCACACUGACUAGCUUCAGCGUUUUUUUAUCUGGUUUGAUUUUGAUAUUGCAGAAUUAAUCUUUGCCUUGACCCCCGAAUCCAUAAAUGUAUAAAAGUAUGAACUC